CUUCGACACUGGAAGGAACGAGAAUAAAUACUUAAUUACGGACGCACUGAACCGCGGCUGGGACAGACACUUCGGGAACCCGAGGCGGACCGGGCGACGAGAUAGUCGUUUUUACUUGAAGGAAGCUGCUUCUACUUGGGAGUGGCAGGAGAAGUGAGAAAACCACAUGGAAGACUCCCAGGAUUUAAAUGAACAAUCAGUAAAGAAAACGUGCACAGAAUCAGAUGUUUCACAAUCUCAGAAUUCCAGGUCUAUGGAAAUGCAGGACCUAGCAAGUCCUCAUACUCUUGUUGGAGGUGGUGAUACUCCAGGUAGCUCCAAACUGGAAAAAUCUAAUCUCAGCAGCACAUCAGUUACUACAAAUGGGACAGGAGGGGAAAACAUGACUGUUUUAAACACAGCAGACUGGUUGCUGAGUUGCAACACCCCCUCUUCUGCAACAAUGUCUCUUCUUGCAGUCAAAACAGAGCCCUUGAACAGCAGUGAAACCACAACCACGACUGGAGAUGGAGCGCUUGACACUUUUACUGGGUCAGUAAUUACAAGUAGUGGCUACAGCCCCAGAUCAGCACAUCAGUAUUCCCCGCAGCUGUAUCCUUCCAAGCCCUAUCCACACAUUCUUUCUACACCAGCAGCUCAAACAAUGUCUGCCUAUGCAGGCCAGACUCAGUAUUCGGGGAUGCAGCAGCCAGCCGUCUACACAGCCUACUCACAGACAGGACAGCCCUACAGCCUGCCCACUUACGAUUUGGGUGUGAUGUUGCCAGCCAUCAAGACAGAGAGUGGACUUUCCCAAACUCAGUCCCCAUUACAGAGUGGCUGCCUCAGUUACAGCCCAGGGUUCUCUACCCCACAGCCAGGCCAGACACCUUAUUCUUACCAAAUGCCAGGUUCUAGUUUUGCACCAUCAUCUACUAUUUAUGCAAAUAAUUCAGUUUCCAAUUCAACGAAUUUCAGUGGUUCACAACAGGAUUAUCCAUCCUAUACAGCCUUUGGCCAAAACCAGUAUGCACAGUAUUAUUCAGCAUCAACGUAUGGAGCGUAUAUGACAUCGAAUAACACAGCCGAUGGCACACCCUCUUCAACCUCUACUUAUCAGUUGCAGGAAUCUCUCCCAGGACUGACUAACCAACCAGGUACAGAUCUUCACCCAGGAGAGUUCGAUACCAUGCAGAGUCCCUCCACACCCAUCAAAGAUCUUGAUGAGAGAACCUGUAGGAGUUCUGGGUCAAAGUCUAGAGGAAGAGGCCGGAAAAAUAAUCCCUCCCCGCCUCCUGAUAGUGACCUGGAGCGUGUGUUUGUCUGGGAUUUGGAUGAAACCAUCAUUGUUUUUCACUCACUGCUCACCGGGUCUUAUGCACAGAAGUAUGGCAAGGAUCCCCCCAUGGCUGUAACCCUUGGACUCCGCAUGGAAGAAAUGAUUUUUAAUCUUGCUGAUACUCAUUUGUUUUUUAAUGAUUUAGAGGAGUGUGAUCAAGUUCAUAUAGAUGAUGUUUCCUCUGAUGAUAAUGGGCAGGACUUAAGUACCUACAGUUUUGCAACUGAUGGCUUCCAUGCAGCUGCAAGUAGUGCAAACCUUUGUUUGCCAACAGGUGUAAGAGGAGGGGUUGACUGGAUGAGGAAGUUGGCUUUUCGUUACAGAAGAGUAAAAGAAUUAUAUAACACCUACAAGAACAACGUUGGAGGACUCCUUGGCCCUGCCAAGAGGGAUGCCUGGCUACAGUUAAGGGCAGAGAUUGAAGGUCUGACAGAUUCCUGGCUAACAAAUGCACUUAAGUCUUUAUCAAUUAUUAGCACUAGGAGUAACUGCGUAAAUGUCUUGGUAACGACAACUCAACUGAUCCCAGCACUUGCGAAGGUUCUACUCUAUAGUUUAGGAGGUGCUUUCCCCAUUGAGAAUAUUUACAGUGCAACUAAAAUAGGAAAAGAAAGUUGCUUUGAACGAAUAAUGCAAAGGUUUGGCAGAAAAGUAGUGUAUGUUGUAAUUGGGGAUGGUGUAGAAGAAGAACAGGCAGCAAAAAAGGUAACCUGUCUCAAACGAUGUCGGUGUGAUACUUCUAAUGCAAGCCUUUUUGUUUGCAUUUCUGUAGUUUGGCCCAAUGGCAGCUUGACAAAUGAUUUAAAUUUAUAGAUGCAAAGCAAUAAGAGCAUGAGAGGGUCAAUACUUACAUUCAAAUAAACCAUUUGGAGUUUAGCAUUUUUUGCCUGAAAUUUGAUAGGAAAUGCAGGGAAAUUUAGUUAUAUUUAUUUAUGUGUUUGAAAGUAUAUACAUAUAGUAAAUAUAUAUAGUAACAUAUAUAUUUGUGUGGGCAUGUAUAUACAUGCUUAUAUAGAUGCAUAUGUAUAUAUUAAUACACAUACAAUGUGCACAGAUAUAGAUGAGCCAGGGGAUCUGCAAGAAAGAUUGGGGGGGGAGAAUAACCAUUGUUAAGCACGUGAAAUUUAGCAAGAUAGAGAUUAAUGAGCUCCAUACAAAAGUCAUGUGAGUAGUUCAUGAGACCUGCAUGCCAUAUGGUCCUCGUGAGUGCCUGGAAGUAGGCAUGCUCCAUGAUAAGGAAUGCUGAGGGCAGAUUUAAUAGCUGAAGAAAAACUGCUACAAGAGAUUUUAAUAAGUGCUACUGAAAUGGGAUAUAUUGCUCAGAUCCUUUUGCACCAACUUGUCUUAGCCGUAAUGUGCCUCACAUCUCCUAGAAGAGUUUCAUCUGUUUUGGUGAGCCAGUGGUACUUGAUUGAAGCCAAGCAGCUGGCUUUGAACACAUUCAGAAGAUCCCAUGGGCCCUAAGUAUUUUAAUAAGCCUUUUCAUCUGGCCCGUAUUUCUGAAGAAGAAACCAAGGCAAUUAAAAACCAUUAAAUGGUUGGUUCAACAUCAAAAGAAGAAUGAUAUCAGGAUUGGCCCCCACCACCAGACUGUCAACUCCACCCUAAGAUCUACUGCUGCCUUCACCGAAUGAUAGAAAAAUAUCAUCUACCCAAGAUAAAAGUGAUAGAAUUUACAAAACAAAGCCAGAUGAUGAAUUAGUAUUUUUAAAACAAUGACAUGCCAGCCUAUACUGUUUUACAUAGAAAGAAUGUCAUCUGUAUCACCCUAAGGAGAUUUUAAAUCAUCAUCUAAUAAAGCCUUUGCCAUUUGCAUGUGCUGGAGUGUUUACCUGUUUUCAAAAAACAGUCAACAUAGACAGUUUUAUAGAAAAGUUUAUGGCUAUAAGAGAAAGAGGAAAUGAUGUAUGUUUCUAGUCGAUUUAAAUCAAGCAAAAUGGAGAAAAGGAAAGCACUUCCACUUUAGAAGUUUUGGUGACGUAUUGACAGCCAUACUUGCUUUUCGAUUACAUUUAAGAGAGUGGGCUCAGGCUCUGCCUGCCACAGAACACCUCAGCCUUCAUUAGCAGUGUCAAUGACCCAAGACAGCACACUAGCCCCAAGCACGUCCUGUAUGAGGUCAGGCCUGCAGCCUCAAGAAAUACGGCUUUCAUUGCUGACUACUACUUCAAAUGCUUCCAGUCACACUCAACUGAAAUAUCUUCUGGAGUUUGUCAAUGUCCUGAGUCCAUGUUGUGAUUUUUCUUAUUGGCACCAUAGUUAUACACAACAAAGAGCAGCCAAUGAUUAGUAAUACAGCCCCACUCCUGCUAAAUUUACAUGUCUUUUAGCCUAUGCAAAUUAAAUUCACGUAUAUUUAGGUAAGGACUAAUAUAAUUCAAUUUUCCAAACCAGUAACACUAUAUGCUUUUGACAAUUAAAACUUAGCCGAGUCUACCUGUUUUCCACAGCAUUAAUGUUUAGAUUCGGUUUACCAGUUGUUAUACCUAAAACUUCAGGAGGGAAACGCAUAACCCUGAAUGGAAAAGAAUCUCAGAUAGAAUGCUAUUUCCAAAUGGUUGUUUAUGUAGGUACAGUUUUGGUGAUGGUGAAGGCUUAUUAUUCUAUUUUAAAACAGAGGUGAUUGGUUUCUCUAGUACCCAGAAUGCAUGCUUUUCUUUGGAUGUAGCGGUAAUCGCAUGUGCAGAAAUGUUAAGUACUGUUUUGUUGUUACAAAUAGAUCUGAGCUGAAUGAAAAAAUGUUACUUCUAUGUGAAUUUCAGUGACUUAAUUUGACCUAGACAUAUUUUGUCUGAGAAAUUUAAGAAGAAAUAUCAAAGUUUAGGAAUAGGAAUGUCUAGCUGCGCUCUUCCAUAGAAACAUGUAAUAUUAAUACAAGCUGUAUAUGUAGUUUGAAAUUUUCUAGAAGCUACAUUUUACUAAAUUAAAGAGAAACAGGUAGAAUUAAUUUUAAUAACAUGUCAACCCAGUAUACCCAAAAUAAUUGUCUUGAUAUCUAAUUAAUGUAAAAAUUAUUGAAGUCAUGUUUACAUUCUUUUUUGUUUGUUUGUUUUGUUCUAAGUCUUUGAAGUUCAUUAUGUAUUUUAAACUGGACCAACCACAUUUCAAGUGCUCAAUAGCCACAUGUGGCUGGUGGCUACCAUAGUGUGCAGCAAGGAAUUAUAUAGCAAUAAGGAUUAUUAUGCUACUUAGUUCUUAAAUAAAAUAUCUUUUGCAUGUUUUAUAUCUAUAUACUCAUUUCCCUUAUAUACAUGAAUAUUUUAUACAUACAUAUUCUAGAAGAUGUCAUCAGCCCGGACUUACAAAUCAUGCUUUUGUUUUGUCAGUUCCUGUAAUGCAGUGUUUUUUCUUUUUCAUUAUCAUCGCCAGUGGGGACUCUUUAGACAGUUUUUUUCUAAUUACUCCCUUUCAUGAAAUUUUAAUGUCACAUAUGUACUGUAUACUAUUAUAGUAUAUCUUUUGAAGGCCACAAACCACUGUAAUGCCUAAGAUUUUCUGCCCCACAAGAGCUCAUUUGUGUCCCUUUGGAGAUGAUAUCUUCCCCAUUGAAAAUGUAUGCUAGAGUACUUUCUCUCAAUUCUAUGCCAGUGAAAUAAAUCAGGUCGACUCUACUGGCUUAAGUUAUUGGUUGUCCCAGACAAGUAAGAAAGUUAUAAUCCCCACAUUUUUUUUCUACUUUAUAUAGUCCUGCUUCAAAUUAUUUUUAUACAGAAAGGAAUUCACCCUCUUUUCUUCCUAGAUUAACAAAAUUAAGAAGUUUGUCAUUUUGUUUCAUUUUAUUUUUAACUGAGAGGCCCGUAGGAGUGAUGCAUUGAUUAAAACUUGCUUUCCAUCAGCCAGGUAGGAUUUUGAUGCCCACUUCCUUUCCCAGAUGUUGAUGUUGGUAGCGAUACUUCCAGAAUAAAUAUUAAACUAUCUAAGAAAUGUUAAUAUUUGCUAUUAUUCUCAUUAAAAUCCAGUUCAGAUCUAUUUCUCUGUUACUUUGACAGUGCCAUAUUGGUGCUGCCAAGCCUUCACAUAUGAUCAUCCCGCCUUUAAACUCCCUCCCCUGAACUUGGGUGGACCACACAUCCCUGUAUGUGCUGCUGCUUCAUUGAGACGAUGGUUGUGAUCUCUCUCCAUGCCUCAUUCCUUCCCCUUCUCUCUCCCAUCCCUCCUUCUCCUAACCACACAGCACAACAUGCCCUUCUGGAGGAUAUCCAGUCACUCAGACCUCCUGGCUCUCCACCAAGCACUGGAAUUAGAGUAUUUGUAACUGUGUUCUUUAGCCGGAGAUCCAUUUUUUAUAUUUCAAGUACACUGAAUUUUUAUGUGUGAUUCAAUGCCUCUGGCUCUACACAUAUAAAUUGUCUUAAUGGAUGAAAUCAUAUUUGGAAUAAAAAUUCCAGAAUGAAGAAUUCAGAUUGCUGAAUGGAGUUAAACUUUAGUGCUACAGAAAAGAAACUCUAUGGUCUUAUAUUUACAACACUUUAAUGGGUUUUUUAAAAAUCUGUGGAGGUUGCUGGUACACACCAAAUGAGUCCAAACUGGAAUGAGCAGCUUUAGCAAAGAACUCUUACCCUGGCAAAGCAGCAACACACAUGCUCCGUCUGACAAGGUGGUCAACAACAUUCCUCAAAAUGGGAGAUCUUCUCAGCCCUGAGGUUUGAAUCUGACUUUAGCCUACCUAACCCAGAAAAUCUGAAUUGGAAUGCACUCAGACUGUAUAAGGACAGUCCUAUUUAGACAUGUAAUUUGUGUAAAUUAUUGAUGAAAAUAAUUUACUGUGACUUUAUUAGCAGCUGACUUUCAAAGUGGAUGCAAUUUUUCUUUCAUUUGUUGGGGAGGGGAAUGGGAGGGGAAAUGGGAAUAUAAUAUUGUCUCUUUUUUAAGUUUGGCAAACAGAAUGUUCAUACUGAUGUGUUGUGCCUUAAAGACAAGACAGCAUUUGUGUGUUACAAUGUAACUUUGGUUAAAAUCUCUGUAGAUAAUGAAAAAAAAAAAAAAAACCUUUGUGAUGAUUCUUAACAUGACCAAAUUUAAAAGUCAAGCUCUCAGAGCUUAAUUACCGCAUCAGCAAGAAACUGAGUAUUUUUUGCAAUAAGAAAACAACAAUAAUAAAGGAAAGCUUGUGUUUUAUUUGGGUUCUUAAUAAUUCCAAUAAUUGUAUGAGGCAACUAUUUGCGCAUCCAACCAUGAGUGGAAGGUUUGGGAAAGACUGUGGGACCUUUACUUAGAAAGUGAAAUGUAUGUAGAAGUCUCAAGUACCCCUUCUACAGUUUUACUGGAGAAAACUAAGAGCCAUAUUCAUGACAACUUGCACAGUUUUGAGGUUGAGACUUUUGAUAUGUGUAAGUUGCAUAGAGGAGUAUAUUAUCAUGCAAAUCAUGAGCAAUUAUCACAUAAACUUUUUUAGAAUGUGCCAUGAACAUGGCAUAAAAUUCACAUUGAGUGCACAGGGCUUAAAAUAAAGCUAAGUAUGUUUAUUCCCAAUGCCAUGGCAAAAAUGAUAAUAUCAUCAGAAAUGGAAGGCAGAUCUCCCAGAUGGUGUCUAAUGAAAGCAAUGAGUCUAUGAAAAUUUUACCUAGAAUAUCAUCAUAAAUUAAAUUAGCAAGUGAGCUGGAUCUUGGCAGCGCUGCUGAAAUGACAACAGUAAAAUCGUACCUGGUUCUCCAUCUGAAUACAUCAAUGCAGGUUCUCCUCGUGACAGACUUGCAUAUGUUUGUUAGUUUCUGCCUGUAUUGUCACUGCGCAACGGAUGGCAUUCAUUACAAGAAGAGCCCAUCAUUGUUGUGUUUGCAUGGUUUUUUUUCCUUGUGUGUAGCCCAUGUUGGGAACACGAUACAGGUUCUCCUCUUAUUUCCUAUGACAUGAUUUCCCUUGUGGAAAUUUAAGACUUUAAGAACUAGAGUAUUUUUGUGGUGUCUGCACCUGCAGUUCUGUGUUUAAAAUGUCAUAAUGUGGAUCCUGGAGUCAGGCUACUAGUCAGUCAGUGCCCCUAGCCAGAGGCUGGUUCAUGAGUUCAUCAACUGAGGCCUCUGUGGCUUCAAUAAAGUCUACAUUUUGCUCACAGAUCACAACAUUCACUGUGGAAAUAUGAUUUCAUUUCUUUAGGCUACAAACCUGUAUUUCUUUACUGAAUGCUAAGGCCAUGUUUAUAUUGGGUAGAAAGAUAUUGAGAUCCCAAUUUUGUACAAGAUUGUGAUUUCAUUAUCUAAACCUUAAAUUUAAUCCUUUAAAUUUUGUAGCUUUUGGCUGCCUCUGCCCCAAGUACUAUUCCAUGCAAAUUAAAGUUGGAAUACUUUUAAUAAUAUAAAAAUAAUGAUAGUAAAUCUUAUACUUCUGUUGGCCCUUAGCUUGAAAAUAGCAGUUAAAAAAAUUUAUGUGUUGCCUUAUCAGUACUUAAUUAUGUUGUGCACUAAAACCUUAAAUAUUUAUUACUGUGAAUAAAAACAAAUUAUCUUUACUGUAUAGCUGGUUUCUUUAAAUGAUAGAAUUGUGGCAUUACAUCUAAAUUUGUAAGUCUUCUCGUAUCAAACAAGCAAGGCUUUUUAUGCUGCUAAGUCUGCGGGUGCAGAAAGAAACACCCCUUGGAAGGGCAAAGAGAAGCCGGCUGGUUGCAUCACCCCGUGCAGUUUCUCACACACAUCUCUUUUUCUGAUUCUGUGUUCAGAAGAGGCUGCCGGCAUAAAACCUAAAUGCAAGGUUGACGGAGAACAGCUUGUCCGGCACAACAAUGGUGCAGGCCCACGAGCCAGCAUCACAGCUUGGCCAUGGGACGUUGAGUAUGCACAAACUAGAACUCUUCCCUUCCCACCUUAGGAAUAGAAAAUCCUCUUCCUUUCUAAUCUGAAAAACGAAAACUGAACAAACACAAAACCAACCCCUUGGCAGUUCCCACCUCCUAUUGACAUAUGGAAUAUUGUGCCUUAUUGUAAACCAGUUUGAAAAAUGUUCUGUAACUAAAGUGGGUUUUCGGCUAUUAUGUAUACAGCUUGGUAUAUUACUACGAAAGAUAACCACCUUGUGUUGCACCUUAAAAAUAUCAAGACCAUGUAAUUUCCGUAACAAAAUAGGUGGCCUGGCUACGGUAUUAUAGCAUACAAUUAGGACACUAUGCCCCUGCAAAAUUUUGUAAAUCAAAUUCAGAGGCAAAAACAUAUUUUAGAAUCAUACAGUUUGCACACAACAAGUAGGUAAUAACUGUCUCUAAAAAUGUUUUCUCCUUAGUCUGCAAUGAGCUAAGAUUCAGAAUAGUGUCAACAGCAUGCUCCUAUAUGAAGUUGUUUUUUUAAAGCACAUUUGUUUAUGACAAGCCUACAUUCUCAGUGAAUAUGGCAUUUAGUAUUUCUUUUGAAAACAAACAAGCAUCAUGAGCCAAAGUUGCAUUUUGACUCCCAACUACGGUAGCAUUAUGGACAUCUCACAAUGUCAAGGGUUUCUGUUAUGUAUUAGUAAAGUAUAGAUUAUUGGGGCCUAUAUAAUUUAAAGAAAUGUAAAUUAAUAUUAAAAGCUUGUAAAAAUAUGUAUAUCUUUACUAUUUCUCAAUAAAUACCUUUGCAAUUGUUUUCAUUUCCUUCA